UCAAACUGCUAUUCGUUUGUUACUGCUAGUAUUUUUGGUUUUCGGUUGUUCAAUAACUUGUUUCGUGCUCGCAGCAUUGUAUGUGGCAGGGGUAUCCUAUGUUGAGCGAUUUCUCCGAGAUUUAUAUAGGAAUCAAGUUCAAUGAAUUGCAAUGAGAACAGUGAUCCACCCUUAAGUCCCCACAUCGGUAUCUACGGCUGGCGCAAGAGAUGUCUCUACGUGCUCAUCUUGGGGCUUCUGGUGGUCGUCAUGGGGUCCUUCGUGGCCACAUUUCUGCUCAUCAGCGCCAUUGACUUCAAUUUGGGGGGCUUAGGAGACCUUAAAAUCUCCAGGGACGGUGUACGACUGAGAGAGUUCAGUUACGUCCUGGCGUCCCUGGCAGCUUCUAGACUAACCUCCAAGACUCGGGAACCUCUGUCUUUCGAGUCCCACUACAAUAUGACCUUGAGUGUCACUGAUCAGAACGGCCACCCCGAGCAGUCCCUGCACUUCUGGAGUGCGACACAAGAUACCAACAGAAGAUAUUUGGUGGCCGAAGCAUCUCAGUUCCGUGUCAGCGACCUGAGAGGAAGAACUCUGUUCACCGCACAGCCGGGCCAAGUGACCGUCGGCACGGAUAACCUUCGGGUGCUUCAGGGAGGAGCCCACUUCUCUGGCAGUGUUCAGACUGCAAUGCUGAGAUCCAGUUUAGGAGCUGAACUAAUGCUGGAGUCUGCGACAAGAAGGCUCCAUGUGAUGGCUCCAGCAGGAGUUUCUAUUGAGAGUAGAGGGGCUGAUAUCAGUGCUUCCUGCCUCACAGACCUUCACUUGUCAUCUGUAGAUGGAAGAAUAAAACUGAAGUCGCCUGGAAUCUAUAUCCCCAACCUGGAGAGCAUUCCUCUUCUGCAGCCUCAGCCUUCUAGGUACAUCCACCUGGAGUCCAGUACAGGGUCCAAGCAGUACCAGGUCUGCAUGUGCAGCAACGGGAAACUCUUCAUCUCCAAACCUAAUGGAGAAUGCAGUGUCAACAAUGACGGGAAACAGUGUCAUUGAGCAUGGUUGAGAGGAUAGGCUAUUCUACCUCACUCUUCGGUGGCGAGAGAGCCCUGCGUGAAAAUCGGUCUCUAGUUGGUGAAGUCAGGAGCCCAAUAACAGAUUGUAGGGACCGUAGCUCGUUGUGUAUAUCAGAAUUAUCACUGGUGAAUUGUAUCGUACGAGAACUAACUGCAAUAGUAUAAUGAACACUGAGAUAAAGACAGAGAGUGCUACAGCUGCAAUUGUUUUUAUGUAUAUAAAAGAUUGAAAGUAGGCCUAAUUUAUUUAAAUCAAAGUCUGUCGUUGAAAUGAGUUGAUUAUACGAUUUUUGUUCCUGAUCAACAAUUUAUUUUCUAGAGAAACCAGAUACAAACUUAUCUGUUAUAACAUUGAUUUCUGUUGGGUGUGUAUGAGCACUCACCAAAUAAAGGUGGAUUGUGUAGUCCCAUUCUAACUAUUUACCAAACACAUAUUUCCUCCCGUGACGAUAUGAAAUUCCUUUUUAAUAACCCCAACCGGUCCCUCAAUCCGUCCAUAGCUUUUGUUUGGGCGUCUCAAGCUCCUGUCCAGACCGCUAUUCAUGUUGAAUAAACUAAUUUUUACAAAUGAAUCCACAGUGGGUGGAAAAUGGUAUUUUAAAUCAACACAGUGCGGCGAUAUUAAAUUUUAAGCAAUUGAAACGAAUUUAUCGUAAUUCAUCGGCAAGUCAAUUUGUUCUUGUAUAUAAAAAAAAUUGUAAUGAGAACCAAUGUUGUACUGAUUUAUUGCGUUAGUCGUUCUAAUGUAGUCUUAGAUCUACUGAGUAUUACGAUUAUAUGCCUUCACACAUAACCCUGACGAGGAUUAAAGUUAUAUCAUAUAGUCAUCAGGGGACAUAAAACAUUACAAGUAACAUGAUAACAAGUAUUAUAUGACAGUAACACUAUUGACAAGUAGUAUAUUUGGUACUCUAAGAUAAAUUGUAUUAUUUAUUGACUGUUAGUGGUUAAU